AUGCUCUACCACUCUCAACGAAAGUUUGAGAUACGAUGCAUGGCCUGGACACCGAAUGAGGUGGGUCUGUCCUUGUCUUUAGAGCUGGACACCGAAUCAGGUGGGUCUGUCAGUAGGUUACAUAGGGGUGGGUCUUCUCCGUUUCCUCCUGUUUCACAAUCAGACUCCAUGUCCUUGUCUUUAGAGCUGGACACCGAAUCAGGUGGGUCUGCGUUGUCUUUAGAGCUGGACACCGAAUCAGGUGGGUCAUCACCAUUUCCUCCGCUAGACACCGAAUCAGGUUACAUAGGGGGCAUGUGGGUUGAGUGUAUACUCCCACGUUACAUGGAGGGCAUGUGGGUUGAGUGUAUAAUCCCAAUUUGUGAGGCCAGUGUAUACUCCCAAUCUUUGAAGGUGUUUUGCCAGGCAAUCCGUCCCCAGUCGGCUAUUUCGGAGAGUGCCACUGUCCACUAUUUCUCCCUUGUUCGAGCUUUGAGUUCGUUGCACCUUGAGGUCUUGAAUUCUCUUCCAGUCGGCUAUGUCGGAGAGUGCCACUGUUUCUCCUUUGUUCGAGCUUUAAUUUCGUUGCACAUUGAGGUCGGUCUCUCCUAUAAUCUCCUGUGUUCGAGCUUUAAUUUCGUUGCACCUUGA